AUGAAAGUCCAUGGCUCUUUUACCUAUAACGACAUCUCCAUCAACCAGUACAAGUACCUGCACCAGCUCUACUUGAAGGAGCUCCUGGUCCAUAAUGAGACGCUACAAGAGUACAGCGAUGAAAUCUCCUUGGCCCUUCUUACAGCUCUGGAAAAGUCCCAGCCUAACUUUAAGCUUUAUGAGAACCAGCCUUAUAUCACCAGUGUGGUGAGAAACAAGCUUGUUGACUUUGUGCUACGCAUGGCUGUCAGACUCAAGAUUGUGCCAUAUGUGUUUUGUAAAGCGGUUCGUCUUUUUGACCGCUACUGUUCAAAACGCAUUGUCCUUCUAGACCAAGCUCAGCUAGUGAUCACCACUUGUUUAUGGAUCGCCGCUAAGAUCUACGGCGGUAACAACCAUUUUGCUAAUCUCUCUAGUUCAAAAUGCUCCCUGGUGAAGACCAUUCUGAACUUGGGCUUCGGCUCGGGUGCUAGGUUCUGUGGUCCUACUGAACGUUACCGGAUGCCCAAAAUUAGUGAACUUGUGAAGCUCUGUGGUGCUCGUUGUAACUACGACUCAAACAUGUUUAAACAGAUGGAGUUGCAUAUCAUGACUACGCUAGACUGGAACCUUUCAGAUUCAACCAUUGACGAUUUUUUGGUUUCGCUGAAUGACCUUCGAUCUUGUACUGAUUACGAUCCAGCUGGCGAGUUUGAUGCUGCCACGGUGAAAACUUUCAUAGCAUACGCUUCCUGUUACCUGUUUGAGCUAAUCAAGUUUACCCCACUCGAGUUGGCCAAGGCCUCUGUUGAUUUAGUCAAUGAUGCUUUCCAAAUUCAUCCGUCAGACAAUGCAUAUUUUACUUUAAACAGUGAAAUGUUUGAGGAUUCGCCAGACCUUUGUUGCAGCGAGAAAAACAGACAUAUCCAAGAUCUUCUUGCUCAGGCAGUAAUGAAUGCUCCUGCCUACCUUCUUCGCUGCUUUGAUACCCCUGGUCCUCAUCAUCUCUACUCGACGCUUAACAACUUGAGAUCUCCAGCUGCUUACGACAGUGAAGUGAAAACGCCUACUCACAUCAACUUUCCCACUCCAGCAGCAUUGUCUGACAUGUCUCAAGGAAACUACACUUAUGCUACGCCAACCAAAAGCCCGCAGGCUUCCUUCACCCACCAAUCAACAGCCAAUAUCGUCGGCGUGCCAUACAUGACCAAAGCGUCCAAUAAAGGAAUGAAAACUCCCAUAACAGAAGCUGCUAAUAUCCAAAGCCACCAUUAUCCACUUCUCAAGCAGUCUAGCCAGCCGGCCAAACUGACACAACCGUCUUUGAGUAUAAGCACAGAACUAUACCCACAGCCACGGCCAGUGCUUCAAGACUCGUUCUACCGCAAUAACAACAGUCUGACAAGCAUAGCGUCUACAAACUCUUCGAAAGGGUCAGACCUUUUUUACGAGUCUUCACGGUACGGAGUGUGUACUCCCAUUAGCAUUGACGAAGACCACAAACCAGUGACAAGAAAGAAAAGAGCGACAUGA